AUGUCUCCAUUUAUCAACGAAGCAGCGUGGAUUGCCUCCGCGAAAUCGAAGCCUCUGCAGAUUGGGCCUGCACCGACACCAAUUCCACAAGAAAAUGAAAUUGUCAUCAAAGUCGCAUACGCGGCUGUCAAUCCAGUAGACUGGAAGCUGCAAGAAGAAGCCAUUUUCGAGCUGAAGUAUCCCUUCAUCCUUGGAACUGAUGUCGCGGGAACCAUUGUUCAACUGGGCUCCGGCGUUACUCGAUUUAAACUCGGACAAAGAGUUAUUGGUCAUUGUGAUGGUUUUGUGUCUGGAAAGGCAUCCAACUCUGCAUUCCAACUAUACACUACUUGUCGCGAAAUCUUAGUUGCAGCGGUACCGGAUUCUCUGCCAUUGGCUAAUGCCGUCGUCCUCCCAAUCUCUAUAAGCACGGCUUCCAGUGCGCUUUUCGUCCAGCUCAAGGCGCCUCUUCCCACGCUGAACCCCCAGUUGACAGGAAAGAAAAUUCUUGUAUGGGGAGGCAGCUCCUCUGUCGGGACUUCCGCCAUUCAACUUGCGCGCGCUGCGGGUCUUGAAGUUAUCACCACCGCUAGCAGUGCUAACCAUGCUCAGGUCAAGGAACUCGGGGCAACCGAAGUUUUUGACCACAAAGAUCCCGAUACUGUUGAUAGGAUCUCCAAUCUUCUAAGACCAGGUGAUUUGGUCAUCGACUGUAUUAGCGGCGAGGACACUCAGGUCAAAUGUGGAGAGAUUUUGUCGCGAAUUGGCGGUGGCAAACUACCAGUCUUGAAUUCUCCCAACGGAUCGGUCUUUGAAAAUGUGGAACGAGUAUUUGUGAACGGUCUAGCCCCUGGAUUCACGAAUCCCGAGGUCGGGGACGCAGUUUGGCGCCAAUACAUCCCGUCAGCUUUCGCGAAGGGAAUAUUCCAGGCAAAACCAGAUCCUGUCAUUAUAAAUGGAGGUCUUGGUAAAGUGCAGGAAGGUAUAGAUCUUCUCAAGAGGGGUGUCUCGGCGAAAAAGGUGGUUGUUGAGAUUGCACCGGAAUAG